GCAUUUCAACUUUCCAAGUUAUCGCUUCACUAGCAAGAAAUGGCCGCCCCUCCCUCACAAACCAUCGAUAAGCUCGGCGGAAGCUGGACUUUGAACAAAGCCCUCUCCACCGACUUCAACCCCCUAAUGCGCCUCCAAGGCCUCACCUGGCUCUCCCGCAAAGCCGUCAACCUAGCCACCAUAACCACGCACAUCACGCUCAAACCCUCCCCCUCGGAAGCCGCCUCCUCCACGCGCACCCUCAUCCUCAACAACAGCGCCUUCAACUUCCCCGGCACCGUCGAAGCGCGCACGCUCGACUGGGAAUGGCGCGACUUCAAAGACUACAUCUGGGGCGCGUUCCAGGACCGCAGUAGGAUCGUGCGGAAGGACGGGCUGGCGCAGGAGGUGGCUGAUGGGGAGUGGGUGCAGGGGCUCAGGGGCGAGGAUGAAUGGAUGGUGGAGAGCGAGAUUAGGGCAAGGGAUGGGGCGUGGUCGAAUCAUACGGUUUGGGGCUUCAAGAGUGUGGGGGCGGAGAGGAGGCUGAUUAGGCAUAUGGAGGCGCGGCGGGGCGAGGAAUGUGCGCGUGCGGUGCUGGUUUACGACUUCGUGUCUUGAAACAGGCUCUGUUGAUCGCGGGUACAGUAGCAGUACCUUGGAGGAUCAGUGGUUGGGAAGUUGAGAUUGAGGUGCGCCUCAAUACAAGUGCUGCGGUUGGUGCUUACAGGCACCGUCCAAUAGGAGCAUUUCGUGUAGCCAAGAACGUCAGGUUUAAGUUGCAUCUCGGGGAUCAGAGCGCAGCGGCUCGGGGAUCAUGCACGUGGUAUAGUACAUGUUCUCUAGUCUAGUCCUGGCUUAUGGUUUUCACAUUAAUCAAUUUCCUUGUUUUCCA